CUUUUUAAUCAGUUCUAUUCAUCCAUCAGUUUCUGCGUGACGGGAUGCUCGUGUACUGAAGACAGCGUUGGAAGAUCGUUAUUAUGUAUGGAAGCUGCUUUAAGAUCAAUUCCCGAGGACCUCCCUGGAGAUUUUAUCAAAAUCAGAAUUGAGAAUUCGCACCUCACAGAAAUACCCCAAAGGGCGUUUUACACCAUCAGUGCCUUGGAGUCGCUGUGGCUGAACUUUAACACCAUCACACUGAUGAACAUUAAGAGCCUUGAAGGUCUGUAUAACCUGACAGAACUCCGACUGGAAGGAAAUAAACUCAGAUCAAUACCAUGGAUGGCCUUUCAGGAAACACCCAAACUCAAAAUCCUGGAUCUGAAGCACAACCAGUUGGACGUGCUGCCAGAAUUCGCAUUACAUCACCUUCCCACACUGACCUAUUUAGAUUUAUCCUUCAAUCAGCUUACUGUGAUAUCCCUGGAUGUUUUUCUCAACUGGCCUCGCUACCAGGCACGAAAGCACAGUGGGAGGGAGGAGAGCGUUGCUAAUGUCGUAUUAGCAUUGCAUGAUAACCACUGGCUGUGCGACUGCCGACUCAAAGGCUUUGUUGAAUUUGUCAAAUCCAUCAGUCCACCCAUCAUCUUGAUGAACUCCUACUUGUCCUGUUCGGGUCCAAAAUCUAAAGCUGGGAAGUUUUUUCAUGAGGUUGAGCUGAAGAAUUGUCUGAAGCCAGAAAGUUCUACACCUGUUGCUAACAUCACGGCAGCGCUAGGGUCAAACAUGACGCUGAGAUGCUUUGUGAAGGCGAGGCCUGAUGCAGUGGUUCGAUGGAGCUACAGUCUGAAAGCCAUCAGAGGAUUCACAGUUUCUCAGUCUCAGGUGAACGACGAUACAAUCAUCUCAUCUUUAAUAAUCCCGUCAGUCCGUUCAUCCGAUCACGGCCUCUACAAAUGCAGUGCCAGCAACUUCAUCGGGAAUUCCUCUGUUAGCAUCCAGCUCAACAUCUUGUACUCCAACACCUCCUUUGUGAUCUCCCCCGGGUUUCCUCUGCCCUCUGUCAACGAAAACAUUUUCAUCGAUAUACGAAUCGCCAAGCAGACCGUGUAUGGUAUAACCAUCGAGUGGUAUGCGGUGACAGAGAACCCUUCUGAAACAUGGUUCACUGUUCAUUUUGGUCGCUACGAUUCUCCAAAGAAAGAGGCUCUGUACAUCGGCCCAGGCAUCAACAAGUACUCCGUGAACGAUCUCGAACCAGCUACGAAGUACGAGGUGUGCGUCUCGCUGAAGAAUCAGUCACCUCGUCCCGAGCAGUGUAUCGUUUUUGUGACGGGGAGCAGCAUGAAUGAACUGGAGCAGCGCGAACGACUCAUCCACAUCAUCGUGAUCGUUUGUGCCAUGGUGCUCGCGGUUCCUGCAGGUAUGUUCGCCUGCACCACCAACACCAGGAUCAGCUGCUUGGAUCGCUGCACUCAGGUGUGCAGCAGAAAUCAGGAAACGAGAGAAACAAAGGACUCGGAAAAUGACAGGCAGAGAACAUUCAACAGUCUCCAGGCAGCCAGUGAUGAAGGACUCUGCAAAGAUUCAAGAAAAGAGAGGAAAUGGAGACGGCGCUCGGAAGAUAAAGUGCAGAAGGGGAACAGCGCACAGCUCUACUAA